AUGCGGCGUCGAAAUUUUUCCUUUUCCUACGCACUGUCCUCUCGGAGAUCAUACAAUGAGGAGCAGCGCCACCGGUGCAACUGCUCUGCUGCAACUUUUACUGUCCGUUUCUGUCCUAUCCAACAGCGUUUACGAGCCACACAUAGAAAAUAAUUACACAGCAUGGCCAAGAAUGGUGCUUCCUCGACUUUAUCUCAAAGAGAUAAGGCCGCCGACUAAAGGAAGAACGCCGGUAGUCGUGGACUUUAAUAUUUUCAUCGUGGACAUCAACUCCAUCAAUGUCGAAGAUAUGGAUUUUCGAGUCGACAUGUUCGUGUCGCAAACUUGGACGGAGGCGCGAUUGAGACUGUCUGACGAGGUCUUCGAGGACGACGACGAUUACGUGACUCUGCCGCCGGAGUUCAUCGACAAUCUCUGGCAACCGGAUCCCUACUUUCUCAACUCCAAAGUUUCCGAGAUCGCGACGUUGAAUAGCAAGCACUCGUCGGUCAUGCUGUUCCGCAACAAGACGGUGCGCUACUCGGCCCGCAUGCACGCCAUACUCGCCUGUCAAAUGGAAUUCCAGCUCUAUCCCAUGGACAUCCAGGUCUGUCCGAUGCAAAUCGAAAGUUUUUCCUACGACAGCGACAAAAUGAGACUACAAUGGGGCCACGAAGGUGUCCAAGUCAAUCCGGAGCUCAAAUUGUUGCAGUACAAUCUGGAAAAUCCAUUGGAAAUAGAAGAGUCCAUCAAUUACAUCAGUGAAAAAAGCGGCAACUACUCGCGUCUGAUCGUUUACUUUCAAUUCGAGCGUCAAAUUGGCCAUCACUUGAUACAGACGUUCGCGCCGUCGACCCUCGUCGUCAUGCUGUCUUGGUUCAGUUUUUGGCUGGGUCUCGACGCUAUCCCCGGCAGAGUCGCUCUGCUCGUCACUAGCAUGCUCACCCUCGUAACGAUGUUUACCGGUCUGAAAAGCGAUAUCCCACCUGUCGCCUACGUCAAGGCUUUGGACUUAUGGAUGGCUGGAUGCAUGUUCUCCGUAUUCUCGGCUCUGGGAGAAUUCGUCGUGGUCAAAGUACUCGAUCUCCGAUACCAAAAGGAACGAGAAGCCUCGAACUCGUACAGGCGACUACCCGCUAGACUGUCGAUCGUGGAGAAAAGCGUAUCCAUUUGGGAUUACGAGUCGUCGGUUUAUUCGUCCAAUAGCCGCAACAAGCGAGCCGGUAGCCGAAAUCUUCUUCAAAAUACUUGGAUCGAUCCGGAGGUUUUGCUGACCAGACCAAAGAACCGAGCUAAACAGAUCGAUGCAUACAGCCGAAUAGUAUUCCCAGUACUUUUUCUGCUGUUUAGUCUUUUGUAUUGGCCGAUACUGUUGUUAAAAUGUGAAAUGAAAUCUCAGUAUGACGAAUAAUGAUAUUAUAAUGAAAUACGUAAUAUUAAUUAACUGUAAAAAUUUUUUUAUGAACGAAAAAAGAAAGUAAAAAUAUUAUAAAACUAAAAAAAAACUCACGUAGAUCAUCAAAAAAUUACCAUGAUAUUUAUUUCGUGUAAACACAA